AUGGCUCGAAAGAGCUCUCGCAGAUCCCGCCGCACAGAAGACCACCCCGACCCCUUCGCAGGCUACGACCCGAACGACCCCCGCGACUAUGUAAUGAGUCACACAACACACGACGAUGGAACCCACGACUACUCUUCUGGCCACAUCGACACACCAAACCAUGGUCGUCGCGGCGGACGGCAGCCGACCUACGACGAAGCCGGUCAAAUGGGUUAUGCUCACGCGGCUUAUGAGAACCAUAUGGGCGGAAGGGCGGCUGGGUACGGCCGCGGCUACGUCCAAGGUGGACAAUACGGCUUCAGGAAAGGGAACUAUGAUGAAAUGUACGAUGGAUAUCAAGAGGGUGCCGAUUAUGGAUACGACAACAUGUAUCAGCAAGGUGCUUUUCACGAUGAUUUGUAUAAUUGGUAUGGGGGCUAUGAUGACUUCACUGGUGGUGGCAUGGGUGGGUAUGGUGGGUAUGACGACUUCCACGGCGGAUAUGGGGGGUAUGAAGGGUAUGGCUACGGGGGAUAUGAUGACUAUGGUGGAGGGUAUGACGGGUACAACGAUUAUGGAGCGUAUGGUGGUUAUGGUGGUUAUGGUGGUCAUGGUGGAAAUGGCGGAUACGGCUAUUACUGA